AUGGCCCAGUGUGAUAUGGGAACCGUAAAUGUUUUCAUUCAUGUGGAAGUUGAAUCGGAAACAUAUAUGAAGGGUGCCUGGUUAGAGCGAGCUGGUUGUAUCCUGUCAUGCAUAGAGGGCAGCAACUUGGGGAAAAUUGGUUUGUACAGUUACAAUCUUAAUUUACAUAAUCUUUGGUGGGGUCCAACUUUCUUGUGCAAUUUGCCUCUUGUUUCCUUAUUCCCACUAGGAUUAAUAAUAUUGGAUGAACUCCAUCAACAAGUGCUCAAAGGAAGAGGAAAAUUUGCUCAAGAUGUUAGCCAAGAUGACCUUAUCCGAGCAAUUAAGAAGCUGAAAGUUUUAGGAAAUGGCUUUGGGAUUCUUCCUGUUGGUGGGACAUACCUGAUCCAGUCUGUGCCAGCUGAACUAAACAUGGAUCACACUGUUGUGAUACAGCUUGCUGAGAAAAAGGGGUAUGUGACUAUCAGUGAAAUCAAGUCAAGUUUAAAGUGGGAGAUGGAACGAGCCAAGCAAGUGCUGGAUCAUUUGCUGAAGGAAGGGAUGGCCUGGCUUGAUACACAAGCUCCAACAGAGCCACAGUACUGGCUACCUGCCCUCUUUACAGAAUUGUAUUCUCAGGAAAUCACACCAGAAGAAGCAAAGGAAGCUUUACCUUGACAAUAUCAAAGAUGAGUAAUAAGUGAACACUGAAUCAGGUCUAUUGCUAGUUGUUAAAGUGGUAACACUGAACAGUAGUUAAUACCUUGGAUCUUAAAGUAUUUAUAAGAAAAAAAAUAUUUAUAUGAAAAUAUCUGCUUUACUAACACUUAAUUUCAUCAGGCAGUUUGAUACUGAAUGUGGAUUUCUGCCAGGUGAAGAUUUUGAUUUCAUUAGCAAGUUUCUGGUUAUUGUAAAUGGGAAUGAGAGGGCAGGAUGGAGUUUUUCCAAAGGUGUAAAUUUUUGUUUCAGUUACCCUAAAUGUUUAGGAUGAGAAUUGAUGUCAGAUGCUAAAACUGUAUGAUUUCUUUUCAUUCCCUUAUCCCAUGAUUGUUGAGUAGUAUAUUGACUGAAUUAUGUACAUACUGAAUCCUUCAACUUGUAAAGGGUUCCAUGUCAGGCUGUUUCUGUAUGGUGAAACAGCUGAAAGUCUUCAUUGCUACUUGGACUGGGUAAGGGACCAAACAAUUAUUAUUAUUUCCAACUUAUGUAUCCUUGGGGAUUUCUACAAUAUAUAUUUUUUCCUUAAAAAGCAAGGGUAUCUGGGAAGAUAGAGUUUAGAAAGUUAUGGGUAAUGCUUAGUCCAGUUUCAGCCCUUCAGGCAGUCAGGGUUCCUCUGACCUGAAAUACUGUGUGAAAAUAUACCUUCACAACCGUAACCAUGUUGUGCCUUAGCAUGUUGAAAUCUGUAAUCAAUAAAUAUACCUUUCCAUACUUGUGCAGUGCACAUAUAAAUUUGAAAUUCAUAAAGCUAUGUCUUAAACUUCAUGUUGUGUGUAUAAAACUUCAUCGACCAUUUGAAAAACCAUCAUCUGCAUUGAAGUCUUACUAAUUUCCGUAAAACAAUAAACUUAUGCUCUGAGGACAAUUUGUGGAUAUAAAAACCAGGCAGGAGAAGGCCUAUCUGAGGAUCUAUUGCUCAUGGUUCAGAAGUAACACUAAGGCUGGUAGAAAUGUUUUCUGCAGCUCGAUUCACAGAUCAUGCUAUGUGGAAGAAGAAACUGCUUCCUCUAACAUCAUAAGAAUCAACUUACAACUUCAUACAAAACACAAGGAACAGUUUAUUGGGGAUAAUUUGUGUGCAGAGAUGGCCUGCUAUCAGAUUGAUCCAGUGGGUGUUGAGGUCACAAUCAGACUAGGAGGCAGCUGUUAACCCAGAAGUUGCAAGCAAUAGGCCAAUGUUUUGCCCAUGACUUGGUGCAAAAAAGUACUGGACAAAAUUGUAUUAUUGUAGUAUGGAAACUCAAUCUAAGGCAUGUUUUACUUCAGGGAUUUUCAAAGUUUUUCAGCCCAUUAGUCAAAAAGAAAAUUUCCAAGAACUCCUUAUCAAGAGGCAAACCACUAUUGAUAGAACAUUGGCAAUAAAAUGAAAAGUAAACUUUAUUUUGAAUGCAAAAUUGACAUUUCCAAUGUAUAAAAAAUAAAAUCUGAAUUUCACAUUUAUUUGGAAGGUUAAUUUUUUAACCAAGCAGAUCAAUGCUUUGGGCAUUUUUCUUAUUGUUACACAAAAAUGUACAAAAAGCCAUUUUCUUCUCACACAAGUUGUUUUGAAAUACUCAGAACUUUUAUUUUCCUUUUUUUUUUUGGAAUGUUUGGUUUCCAGAUGUCUUAAUAAAUUUGCAGGAUUCAGAUUACCCAAUACUUGCUUACAUUCAACAUACUGUUCAUUUGGUUGUCUUUCUUGCCAGACUAUAAAAAAAACAAAGUUGAUAAAGGUCUGAUCAUAUUUCCAUUCUUUCUUGUGGUUGAGUUUAACUUGUGACACAAGAAGCAACACCAGCAGCACUGGAAUUUGUUUAGUUUUUUUCUGUUUUCACCUUUUUCUAUACCCUCUGCAAUUAUACCAGUUUGUAACUAGUGAUCAAUAUCUGGAAAAAUAUUUAUUAGGCCUAAUUAAAAAAAAACCAAAAUAACACCAUAUAUCUAAGAUGAGUGUUGAUGGCAUGGAUUUCUUCCAUCGUGAUUGCCUGACUGAAGCCACUUAAGCACCCAUCUUCCUGUUGCCUGUCUUUGCAAACAGAGUUCUGUAUGUUUAUUCUGGAGGAAGUUCCACUCCAAAGUGAUUUCAGGCACACAUGCACUGCAGCCAAACAGUGUAAUCCUAAAUUUACUAAUUUCUGUAGAGUGGGCUUACUCCUGAGUAGGUGUGCACACAGGAUGCCUCCUUGAAUAUUAAACAGACCUCUUGGGGACAUGCACAUACACAGAUGCAAAUACUGUCUAUAACGUUAAACAUGAAGAGGGAGGGAGGGAGUCACCAUGAUCACCUUGCAGAAUUAGAAUGGUUUUUGGAAUUUGGGGGAAGGCAGGGAGUCAGAUUUUGUGUGUUCACACAUGUGGGAAGGGAAAGGCAGCUGGUCACUUCUUGUGCAGAAUGCUUGCAAAUGCUAGUGACAUACAGCCAGUGUCAAGAUGAGAGUGGAUGGCAGAGCGUUAAUUUUUCCUCUCCCUUGGAGAACCCAUUCAAGUCCUCCUGGAACCCAGUAUGAAAAGGAAAGCCUAUUUUAUUUAACAAGCCAAAACCAAACUACAUUAUGGCUUUGGGUAAUGUAGCAUGAACCAGUUUUGCAAUUUGCAUAGGAAAUCAUUGUGGCUCGGUGAGUUUCUGUGCACUUUUUCCUGGAUUGGAAGCUAUGCACCAAAAAGGUGCUUCCAAUUCAUGUAUCUUUAAAUUUAGUUCACAUGUUUAAUAUCCAGGCCUGUAUUUACUUCCUCCUUUGAUCACACUUAGAAUCUUUGGAACUCUUUGGGGGAAGGAUACACCCAAGGGGUUCAAAGGGCACAUGCUGCCCUAGGACCACCUGUUACGUGCAUUUAGUAUGCAUGUUUCUUAUGCCAUCUGGAUUUUGCAACUGAGGGACCAAAAGGAGUUUUUCUAGAAUGUUGAUUAGGAUUAUUCUCUACCCCCAUCGCCUUUGGAAAAACAGUUUAGAACUGUUUCAAGAUCUCAGGCUGGAGCUGCACAACCUAGGCUUCCAGUAGGAAAUUCCAGCAUUGCAAAGCUGGUAAUAAUCCUGGAGAAAUGGGAUAUACGUUUAGAUAGCUAUGUUUAGAUAGCUAUUCUUUCAGUCUCUGUAACACAUUGAGGGUUGGUAGUAACUGUUUUACCUUUCAGAUAUGACACAGAUGAACUUCAGAUCCUGCCAAAACAAACUUUAUUGCACCAAAAAACCCCUUAUGUACAACUGUAUAUAAACAAGGUUUCUUUAUUUGAAGACCCUUGUGCAUUUGUUUCUUGUUUUCCUUAAGCUUGUUAGGCCUAAAAUUAUGUCACUAACAUUUGUCUAGAUCAGUCAUCUAGGAUUGUCACUUCUUGAAAUGGAAACAUUCAGAAGACAGAUGAUUAUGGGCAUCUACAAAAUCAGAUUCCUUUUUGUUUUGUUUUUCUUACACCCACAUGCGAGCCACAUGAAAAAGUAAUCACAUAAGGCAUUUUUCAUGUUUUGUUUUAAAGAAAGGUAUGCAAUGGUUCAACAGCCAACAUGCAUCUGGAGUUAAGAUCCCUUGAAAUCAUAGUGCUCUAACCCAGAAGCACUUCUAGCCCUAGUGAAUCUAGCAUGGGGAAACCCAUAUUUAUUCAAUUGGCACAGAGUGCGUAAGGCCUAAGUCUCACUGAUUCCAGCAGGACUUAAAAAUUAACUGUGCACUUACAUCCCUUUGAUUUUUGGGGAGCUGGGAAGAGAAUAAGUAAAUCUGACUUUUAUUGGAUUGUACCUAAUGAGAUUAAAAUAAACAUGAUACAAUUAACUCCGCCUCUCAAGGCCUUCCCUUCACAAGGCGUCUACAUGUAAACUUGUAUUGCAAUGUUUUUUCCGGAUUCUACCAGCUAUCCAUGUCCUUUGGGGAGUCUCUUUUGGGGGACAGGGA